AAAUCCGUUAUUAUGAAAUUUAAAAUCAACACACAGAGGGUUAAUUUCAUUCGGGCUAGAUUAAGCCCUGCAGCUUUAAAUGGUGGGCGUGGCGAUCUCAUCAUUACCCGCCCUUUAUGCAAAUCAGCCACGCCUUCCCGUAUCCCGGGUUAAUACGGCUUUGCAGUCUUUUUAGCUGCGUUCACAGCUUGUGCAAGCUGCCGCGGGAAAGAGGCCUCAGAUAGAUAACCUCACAUGCACGCUACUACAAUACAACCUACGAUUAUGAAUUUAGCAACAGUCAAGGAUUAAUUCACUUUUUUUUUUUUUUAAAUAACAAGUUACCACUUCAUCUGGCACGAAAUUAAGACCCAACAGAGACGGAAGCACCAGAUUCAAAAUCCCAAACUUUUGCAAGCGAGACAAAAAGAGGAGUGAGGACAGAUCGAGAUAUUUUUCAAUCAAAUAAUUUUUUUUUUUCCUGUUUUUUUUUUUUUUUUUUCCCUUUCCUUCGCGUCCACGCCCACCAUAUAAAUAGCGCUCUGAAAAUAGUGCGAUUAUCUGAAGCCAGCUGUUCAAUUUGUAUUUAAAAGCCUAUGCGUUGUUUAAUAACAAGCCAAUUUGCCUAGAGCCCGCGGACUCGUUGGGAUAUCACAGAUUCGACACAACAAAAGCGUCAUAGCCGCCCAUGCCUGGAGUAAAUUCAAGCGACCCGCUUCAUGAUAUCUGUGCGAUGGAAUACGACAGCUACCAGCACUAUUUCUACGAUGGCCACGACUCGGAGGAGGAUUUUUACAAAUCCACGGCUCCCAGCGAAGACAUUUGGAAGAAAUUUGAACUGGUAGUAGCCACACCUCCCAUGUCGCCCAUCUGGUCCUUGGAAGGUGGCUUGCAAUCGCCUCCCAGCGCCGGGGACAAGCUGGAAUGGGUCUCCCAGUGUUUAGGUCAGGACCACGGGGAGGAAGGGACGUACAAGAUCGACACGGAGGAGAUUUUUGGCAAUCUCAGCUCGAUUAUCGUCCAGGACUGCAUGUGGAGUGGCUUCUCGGCCACACAGAGGCUAGAGAAAGUUGUAAACGAGCGGCUUUCAAACUGUGGGGCCAGGGUCACCCAAACGACCCAGACGGGCACGGCCAGCCCAGGCGCCCACCCGGCGGCUGCUGCACAGAAUGCGUCAGCGCUUAAUAAUAACAGCCCUGCCGCGGAUUGUGUGGACCCUGCAGCAGUCUUACCCAACCCGUUCACCGUUAGGAGCAAAAAUCAAGCGUCCUCGGGUUCCGAGUGCCGCACUGAUUCUGAAGAUGAAGAAAUUGACGUGGUGACGGUGGAGAGCAAGCAGAACAGGAGGAAGCCGGUGACGAUCACGGUGAGAGCCGACCCCCUCGACCCCUGCAUGAAACGCUUCCACAUCUCCAUCCACCAGCAGCAGCACAACUAUGCCGCCCCCUCGCCGGACAGCUACCCCGACCCGGAGCCCCAGCCAAAGAGGAUCAAACAGGAGCCGCUCACCCCUCCCCCGGAGGAACCGGACUUCAGACCUGCACUGCUGCAGAGACGGCACAGCUCCAAGCCGGCCAGCCCACAGAGCUCCGACGCUGAGGACACCGACAAGAGGAAGACCCACAACUACCUGGAGCGUAAGCGGCGCAACGACCUCCGAUCCAGGUUCCUGGCCCUGCGGGACGAGAUCCCAGACCUGGCGGACUGUCCCAAGACUCCCAAAGUGGUCAUCCUCACCAAGGCGACGGAGUACCUGAAGGUGCUUCACGCCAGCGAGAAGCACAAGACCCAGGAGAGGAAGCAGCUGAAGUGCCAACAACAGCAGCUCUUGCGGAAGCUUGCGAAAUUGAAACGAUCUUAAAAAACAGACCUGUAAAGGGGGGGGAAGAGGGAGGCUUGACACAAAUACCUUACUUUUUACUGGUAUGAUCAUUUUUAUUUUUGCACAUUUUUACUUCAACACAGGAGUUGAUAAGGUGGCAGACAAAAAUGGACUGCGUAUCCCAGAUUGCUUUGCAGCCAAAGCACAUGACCUAUGGGUGGGUGAGGCCAAGUGGAAGUGGUUUGACAGAUCAGCCCAUAUUCUGUUCAAGAAUCCUCUUCUGCUCUGUGUAUGCUGUAUAUAUAAAGUGCAAAAAGUGGUGUUGCCUUCAGUAGGCAGUUCCCAUUUCAGCGCUGCGUUCUAAAACUGUGACUGGCAGUCACAUCUACGGGAGAGUUGUAAAUAUUGUAAAAUGGCGAACCUGCUUGGUCUGCCUACCAUGUUGAAGUCUGUUUCCACUGGAGAUAGUUGCCAGGUCUUUGUCUAUUAGUGGAGGCUGAUAGUCACUGCUCACUUUAGAUGUGCUGUGUGAAUAGUUAUCAUGCACAUGGCUGUGAAUGACCCUGUUGUAUAGACUACUGUAAAUAAUAAAACUUCAGUUCAGGAACCAAAAGCAAGACACUUUUUUUUUUCUAAGAGUUUUCUUUUUGUUUUGUGUGUAUUCUUAAACGCUUGGGUGUGGCCUGUCCAGGCUCCCCCCAGGGUAUCUCAGAACUUCUAUAUUUUUGUUAUCUAAAAAGAAUAAUAAAAAACACUACUGUACUUUACUGCAACACACUCUAGUCACUUUGUGAUACUGUCUUCACUGCCUGUCUCUUUUUUUAUUUUUUAUUUUUUUGGAUUUAUAUAUACAGAAUGUGAAAAGAGAAUUUUAUACUAUUUUUUUUACAGAAUUAAGUUUGUAAAAAGUUGAAGGUUUUCGUUUAUAAAAUUGUAUAAAGAACAGUGCAGUCUGUGCUGGACAGUGUCUCUACCCUAAUGGCAUUUCACUUGCUCAAUCCCUGUUGCAUCACUGGGGGGAAUGCAUUAAGAAUUGGCACGCUGAUGAAUGCUUAUAGCAUACAAUUGCAAUGCAUUCAUAGGUGGACUGAGGCUUUCUGGAUAAAGCAGCCCUGUGUUUUUAAAAUGCGCACUAUUUCAGCUAUUGGUUUGCCAAAGAACCAUAACAUAUUUGUGCAGCAAUUAAGUAAAUUGUGGUGGAAAGUAAGAAGUGACUCAAACCUUUGUUUGCCUCUGCAUGAUCUUAAUCUGUUUUGUGGGGGGGGGAACAAAAUGCAGGUUUUGCAUUGCAAGGAAUUUAUUUUAGCCGGUCGGCACAAUGGGAUUUAGUUCUGACCCAGACAACAAACUGCACCCCCCUUCCACCUAGAGUCGCCUUCCAAUUGACCGUGGGGCCUGGUCAAGCCAAACCAACAUGGAGUCCUGAAAGCCAGUUUUCUGUUCAGUGGGACGAAGGAAGUCGAUUUUGGACUGACCAUCUAGAAGGGCUUUUAGGAAGCUCCUUGCUGUUCAUCAGAAAUAUCACCAGGAUCAUCUUGCCUCAUACACCCGUUACUUUAUCUGUAUACCCCCUUUGAACUGGUCCAGAGAACCUGGCUAUGGACUUCGUCUCUUGGUACGACAGCGGGGGUGCUUUGGGAUGGAAUUGGGGGCAUGCGAGAGGGGGUGAGGGUCCUUUCUCUCUUUUGUUUUGACUUGUAUUGUCCAGCACAUACCGAAGUGUCUUUCACAGUGUGUAUAUAUUAAAAAAAAAAAAAAAAAAAAAAAAAAAAAAGCUUUAUGAAUGACUGAUCUCUCCGGAUUUAGCACUUUGUGUUUCAGUACCUCAGAAAAUAAAAUUAAAUUGAGUUUGAAAA